GUGGCGGUGGCCGCGGCGGUAGCGGCGGGCGAGCGCGUGGCCGGGGCGGGCGCGAUGAGCGGGGCCGGAGCGGCGCAGGGGGCAGCGGAUGCGUCCCGGGGGCUGCGGGUGGACGGGCUGCCCCCGCUGCCCAAGAGCCUGAGCGGGCUGCUGCACUCGGCGGCGGGCGGCGGCGCGGCGGGCGGCUGGCGGCACCUGGAGCGGCUGUACGCGCAGAAGUCGCGCAUCCAGGACGAGCUGAGCCGCGGGGGCGCGAGCGGCGGCAGGGCCCGGGCCGCGGGGCUGCCCGCCAAGCCGCCCAACCUGGACGCCGCGCUGGCCCUGCUCCGCAAGGAGAUGGUCGGCCUGCGACAGCUGGACAUGUCCUUGCUCUGCCAACUCUACAGCCUCUACGAGUCCAUUCAGGAGUAUAAGGGGGCGUGCCAGGCUGCGUCCAGCCCGGACUGCACUUACGCCCUGGAGAACGGCUUCUUCGAUGAGGAGGAGGAGUAUUUCCCGGAGCACCACGCCCUCCAUGAGGGGAGGGAACGGGGCCCCCCAAGGGACCUGUCUCUGCCUGUCUCCUCGAUCUCCGGCAGCGACUGGAUUCUGGAGUCCAUCUAGAAAGGGAUCUUAGCAGAGGCCACUGCUGCCCACCGGACACACUGUCAGCCUCAGCUCCCCCUCUCGAAGAAAUCUCCUUCGCUCCUCCAUCGUGGGCAGUCGCCGGGCGCGAGAGGCCAGCGCUGCCAGCUUAAUUUGGAGGACAGCCGUGGCAAUCUGUCGCCAGGGCUGGAGUCUCAGCCUGGGUGGCCUUGAGGUGCUCAGCGACACUAUCAUGCAGAGACCCUCCUGCCCACGAGUCCUGUCCAUGCUGGGACCCUAACAGGAGGAUCCUGGGGCAAAGGCCCUCCCAAAGAUCUUUCCCCCAAGACGACUUUGCCGGUAGACGGUUUGCUGCUCUGCUGUAGGAACUGGCUCCAGGCUGCCGACUAGGAAAACUCCCACUUCGCGGCCCCCUUCCUUCUACAUCUGGCAGCCAUUCUUGCUUCCGUCUUGUGAGCGUUUAAGGCUCUUGGUUGGGCUUUCUUAAUUGCCAGCUGCAUUACUAAUGGUCCCAAUGACUCAGUGAAAGCUUUGUACCAAAAGAAACCCCCCCCAAAACAACAACAAAAAAAACCCCUAAACAUUUCAGGUCACAC